AAUUGCCUCGUUAAAGAUUGCUUAUAAAUUAAGCACAUGGGCUUCAUCCUUUCGGAGUAGGACAAGAGAAAAACUAAAGCUUGUUUGAGUGCAAGGGCUUGUUCUUGAAGAGGAGAAACGCAUCGGUUGAGGCGUAAUGGUAGUCCUCUGACUGUGCUGCCUUUCGGGACUCGGACACAACUUGAUUCUGCUCUAAGAUUUUUCAACGAUAGACGAGUUAACGUCGUUUCCUUGACCGCUAGAUAAUUAAUAUGUUUCCUCGGCAACCAUUUGUUUAAGCAAACACAAAGAGGAGACAACUGCAAGAGGAACAAAAGAGGUGGGGAAAAGGAAUUUCUAGGGUUUAAAGAAUAAAUUAUGGCUGAGGCAUGUGUUGCCCCCCUUGCAAAAAAUCUUGCAUCGAAACUCGGUGGGUACCUAUUUGCUUUGAUCGGACGUCAAUUUAGGUACGUGCUGUGCUACAAGAGCUACGUCGAAGAUCUCAAAAAUAGAGUCCAGGAGCUGGAGACUGUGAGGGAAAGAGUGCAACGCUUGGUCGAUGAAGCUGUGUAUGACGGAAAACCUAUACACACAGAUAUUAAGGAUUGGCUGGAGAGUGCAGAGACUACGGCCAAGGAAGCAGAAAGCCUGUUGAAACAUGGCGAAACUGCAAAAAUUGCUUGCUUCGGCGGUUGGCUUCCCAACCCCGUGGUGCGCCAUCCAAUCAGCAGGAAGGCGAAGGAAAUGAUCCAACCCAUUCAGAGACUCCAAGAGAAAAGCCGAAAUAGUAACUUCCAGAAGGUCUACUAUGAGAAUACUCCGAUAGGAAUUGUUACUGAUACCACUUCCGUUGCAAUAUCUGUUGACAGCAAAGAAGAUGUCCUGGAGUCAAGGGCUUCAACCAUAGAGGAUUUAAUGAAGGCUAUGGCAGAUGACAAGGUCUGUGUAGUUGGGGUGCAUGGACCAGGUGGGGUUGGCAAGUCCAAGCUUUUGGAGGACGUUGAAAGGCGAGUUCAUGAAGAGAAGUUGUUUGAUGUGGUUGCCAAAGCGAAUAUCUCACGCAACCCCGAUCUAAAAACAAUCCAGGGAGAAAUCGCUUAUGCGUUGGGACUGAAAAUAAUGAACGAGGAAACUGCUCGUGGUAGAGCUGAUCUUUUGUGCAGGAGGUUAGUGAGUGGUCCUAAGAAGAACGUCCUCAUAAUUUUAGAUAACUUGUGGAAGAAGCUAGAGUUAAAGGAAGUGGGAAUCCCUUGCGGAGAUGAUAAUAAAGCAAGAGGUUGCAAGCUGUUGCUAACGUCCAGAUACCGAGAUGUUUUGCUGACCGACAUGGGCUCUGACCGAGAAUUCGGACUCCGUAAGCUAAAGCAUGGAGAAGCACGAAGACUUUUUGAAAGGACAGCUGGAGAUAGAGUUAACGAUCCUGACUUGAAACCCUUGGUAGAUGGAGUGGUCAAGAAUUGUGGAGGCUUGCCACUUUUGAUCAUUUCCCUGGCAAAAAGGUUGAAGCACGGAGAUUUGGCUGCAUGGAGGAGUGCUUUGACCAAUAUAGAAGGGUUAGACGUAAAAUCCUUGGUGGAACUAAAUUACAAUGAUUUAAAAGAUGAGAGGAUCAAAUCAUUGUUCUUGCUUUGCGCCCUAGACUCAGCGAGAAUCUCCACAAGGUACACCUUUGUCUACUGCAUUGGUUUGGGUUUGUUUAAGAAAUUUAGCCAGACCAUCGAAAACGCCAGAGAUAGAUUCAUCAUGGAUCUACAAAGCCUGCAGGACUCUUCUUUGGUACUGGAUAGUGAGAACACCGAACGGUUUAGAAUGCAUGACAUAUUUCUUGAUGUGGCCAUCUCUAUUGCUUCCACGGAAUGGAACGCCCUGGUUGGGAGGACUGAUUACGGGUUUAAAGAAUGGUCAGAGGAUGAGCUCAGAAAAUGCAACGCGAUAUCCUUCCCUCAUGUUGGCAUUGAUUAUCUUCCCAAGAAAUUGGACUGCCCAAACUUGAAGAUUCUUCUGGUACUACAAAGCAACUACUUGUCUCUCGAAAUUCCCGGGUCAUUUUUUGAAUCUAUGGAGAAGCUCCAAGUCCUGGACAUUAGUGGAUGUUCUUUCACCUCUCUACCUUCAUCAGUUGAGGUCCUUGAAAACCUCAAGUCGCUCUGUCUUGAGUACUGCUAUUUGGAGGAUCUGAGUAUCCUUGGAAAGCUUAAAGGGUUGCAGUUCCUAAGUUUCUAUAGAUCUGCACUCGCUCGGCUGCCCAAAGAAAUAGGUGAACUAAAAGAAUUGAGAUUUUUGGACUUGAGGGGGUGCACCAAGCUCAAAGUUAUUGAACCCGGCGUGCUUGCGAGCUUGGUUAAUUUAGAAGAACUGUAUAUUGAAGACAGUUUUGACCAAUGGGAGGCCGAGGAUGAAGCACCGCGAAGCAACGCCAGCCUAGCUGAGUUGAAGCACAUGAAAAAGUUGAGCACUUUGUACAUUGCCAUUCCCCAUUCUGCCAAUGUCUCAAGAGACCUGCAAUUUUGGAAGCUGAACAAAUAUAAAAUCCAAAUUGGGGACGUUUGGGAUUGGUCGGGUGAAUACAAAGAAUCCAGAACUUUAAAGCUCAAGCUGGAUUCAGGUAGUCUUCUUCUUGAAGAGUGGAUGCAGAGAUGUUUGCAGAUAACGCAAGAUCUCCACUUGGAUGGAAUGCAAGAUGGCAACGAUAGCAUUCACAAUUUGUGCGUCGAAGGUUUUCAGGAAUUAAAGCAUCUUCAUGUGCAAAACAGCCCCUCACUACAGUACGUUGUUCACUCCACGAAGAAUGUCCCGCGCACUGCAUUUUCUAGAUUGGAAUCAUUGUUUCUCAAGAAUCUGAGCAACUUGGAGAACAUUUGUCGCGGAUGUCUUGCCCCAGAAUCCCUUAGCAAAUUAAAAAUUGUGAAAGUGGACAAUUGCGGUGAAAUCAAACAUUUGUUUCCUCUGUCCCUGAUGAGAAUAUUCUUGCAGCUAGAAGAGAUUGAAAUAAGCAGAUGCCAAUUGAUACAACAAAUUGUUGCAAAUGCUGAGGCAAAUGAAGAUGGAGAUGAAAUAGAUGAUGAUCCCAAAGUGAAGUCAUGCAAUUUACGUAGGCUGACGUUGCAAAACUUGCCGGAGAUGAUGAACGUCUGGAAAAUCGUGGAUCAUUCGGUCGUAUUCUUCAACGGACAACUGAUAAUAACAAAGCUACAAAAUUUGGAAGCCAUGACCGUUGAAAGAUGUCAGUUAAUACGAGAAGUAUUCGACCUUGAAGGAGUGACCGCCGAUGGGGAUGUCGAGAUCCUACCGCGAUUGACCAAAUUAACCUUAAGUGAUUUACCGAGUUUGGGACGCAUAUGGAACAAGAAUCCAAGAAGAGCGUUGUGUUUCCGAAACUUAAGGGCAUUGAAAGUGCAAAACUGUGAGAAUAUGAGGUUUCUUUUUUCUUCUUCCAUGGCUAAAGAACUCAAGCAAAUCGAAGAAAUAGAAAUAGCGAGUUCAAUCGAUGGAGGAAAUCAUGGAUGUGCAAGAAGAAGAAACUAAGGACACUGCAACCAAGGACACUUUAAAGUUCCCUUUGUUAACCUCUUUGUCUCUCGAGGAAUUGCCAAAUCUCAUAACAUUCUCUUCUGGAAAGUAUCGUAUUCACUGUCCCUCCUUGACAAGACUAAAGAUAUCCGGAUGCCCCAAA